GUUUUGUCUUAUGCAACCAUGGCGGUCGGGAUAAAGGAGGAGAGCCAAAUCGUCAGCCAAAUUCCGGCUAAUUCUAUGCCGGAAGAGAGCAAUGUUCUGCCACCUGUUAGAGAUUCUAAUCCACGAUGGGGUCCAGGGCACGCAGGAGCCAAAGAAUUAGCGAAUUUGUACACUGCUGGAAAGCGAAGGCAAGAGAUCGUAUGUGUUAUUCUCUGUAUGACUUUGACUCUUAUGGCUACUUGUCAGCUUAUUUUUCACUUCAGAAUGGAUAAUUGGAUGGUUCCGUUCAUAGCUGCAGUUGGUGGUAUAUUAACAGCAGACUUCUUUUCUGGAUUAGUGCAUUGGGCAGCCGACUCGUGGGGAUCAGUUGAAAUACCUGUUUUUGGAAAGGCUUUCAUCAGACCGUUCAGGGAACACCACAUCGACCCUACAGCCAUCACCAGGCAUGACGUCAUUGAAACCAACGGUGAUAACUGCAUGCUGUCUCUCAUAGGCCUCAUCCCCCAGACCUACCUCCUUUACACCAGUUCCACAGAGACCAUCCACCAACACUACGCCUGGCAUUGCUACUUUCUCCUGUUAGCCAUCUUCGUCACACUCACAAACCAGUUCCACAAGUGGUCUCACACCUACUUUGGUCUUCCCGGAUGGGUCCAGUUCUUGCAGCGUUACCAUGUCAUCCUGCCAUGUCGUCAUCAUAGGAUCCACCACGUCGCCCCCCAUGAGACUUAUUUUUGCAUCACCACCGGCUGGCUCAACUACCCGAUGGAAGCUGUAGGUUUCUGGACUGGGCUGGAAUCUAUAAUCACCUCCUUAACUGGUGUCUCUCCUAGGUCGGAUGAUUUGAACUGGGCUAAGAAAUCUAAUUAAUCAUACAACAUACAGAUUUUUCAUUUCCUUUUUUUUUCAAUAAAAUGUUGGAAAAUGUACUUUGUCAGGGAAUUAUUUGAAUCAGCAUGUGUUCCGUAUAGUAUUUGAAUUGUAUUAUUUUUUUUAACAGGGGAAAAUUUGUAAAUUUAUGAUUGCAUCAGGAAUUUAAAUUAUCAAAAUUUUAAUCAUUAUGAUCAUUAUUAUUUCAGGAAAUGUGCAUGAACUACAUACAUGUAGUUACCAUAUGUAUGGAGCUACAUGUAGUGUGGUGAGGAAAGAAAUUGUUUUCAUUUGAUAAUGUAUGUAAAUUUGCAUUUAAAAUGAAAUAGAUGUUAUUUUUGCUACAUGUAUUGCAAGGUGGUGGAAAUUGAUGUGUAAUAUGCUAGAACGUGUGGAAUACCAUUAUUUACAUUUAACAACUGCUGUCCGAUCCCCAUGUUACAUUGUAACCAAUUUAGGGAAAAACGAAACGUUUCUUGUUAAAUGAGACAAAAUUGUACGCGUCUCACUGCAAGUAUCUCAAUAUUUCUUUCAAUUUUGGGGGGCCCCAAGCAAGAUUUCAACAGAUGAGCCUACGUUAAUGAUAAUAGGCAUUUAUAUAGCGCCAUCUAUCUAGAAAUAUUCUAUUCCGAGGCGUGUUAUUAUUACCCCGGCUUA